AUGCCGAUCUCACAGAUUGCCGUCGGAGGGAGGGAGGAGGCGACCCACCCGGACGCCCUGAAGGCCGCCCUCGCGGAAUUUCUCUCCACCCUAAUCUUCGUCUUUGCCGGCCAGGGCUCCGGCAUGGCCUUCAGUACGUGAGACGGAACCUGCGGCCGCUGCCACCACCACCGAGACUCUGCUUCUUGUUCUUCUUGUUGUUCUUCUUCUUGUAUCGUGACUUCGUGAUGCCCACGCAGAUAAGCUGACGAACGACGGAUCGACGACACCGGCGGGGCUCGUGGCAGCCUCGCUUGCCCACGCCUUCGGCUUGUUCGUAGCCGUUUCCGUCGGCGCCAACAUCUCCGGCGGCCACGUCAACCCCGCGGUCACCUUCGGUGCCUUCAUCGGCGGCAACAUCACACUUCUCCGCGGCAUACUCUACUGGAUCGCCCAGCUCCUCGGCUCCACCGUUGCCUGCCUCCUCCUUCGUUUCGCCACCGGUGGACUGGUCUGUCCUCACUCCUCUCUCUGCAUCACUUAUUCUCUCUCUCUCUCUCUCUCUCUCUCUCUCUCUCUCUCUAAUGACGUCGAAGUUGCAUGGAGCAGGCCACGGGAACGUUCGGGCUGUCGUCAGGGGUGGGCGUGUGGAACGCGGUGGUGCUGGAGAUUGUGAUGACAUUCGGGCUGGUCUACACAGUCUACGCCACGGCAAUCGACCCGAAGAGAGGCACCGUCGGCACCAUCGCGCCCAUAGCCAUCGGCUUUAUCGUCGGUGCCAACAUCCUCGCUGGCGGCGCCUUCGAUGGGGCCUCCAUGAACCCCGCCGUCUCCUUCGGCCCGGCCCUCGUCAGCUGGGACUGGACCAACCACUGGAUCUACUGGGUCGGCCCGCUCAUCGGCGGCGGCAUCGCCGGCCUCAUCUACGAGUUCAUCUUCAUCUCCCAGACCCACGAGCCCGUCCCCUCCAGCGACUUCUGA